UCGCUUACCUGUAAAACUUCUAAUCGAGACGUCCUACCUGUGGAAGUUUCAUUUCGUCUGUUUCAUGCCGUCAGAGAUUACGAAGGAUGGGGCAAGAACAAAGCAAAUUGAAACAGGAAGGCUACGUGGAAACACAUAAAACGGAAAAUUACAUUAUUGCCACAAAAGAUGAUGAUACAUUCUUUAUAAAGAGGGUCCCUCUACCCGAGCAUUCAAAAGAAGCUCUGGCUACACUGACCUCAGAGAUCCAAAUCCUUCAGCAAUUAGAGCAUCCCCAUCUUGUGAAAAUAAAGAACUCUUUUGAAGAUGAAAGUCAGAACAUAUACUAUGUAGUGAUGGAGAACUGCCAAGGAGGGAAUCUUGCUGAUAAGAUUAGAGAAAUGCCAACAGAGACUCCACAAGAGUCCGAGAUUCUGAGCUGGAUUGCUGAGAUCUGUAUGGCCUUAAAAGUCAUUCACGAAGCUGCUUUGCUUCACAAAGAUCUUAUGCCAAAGAAUGUACUGUUUACAGAAUUUGGACUAGUAUGCUUGGGUGGAUUUGGGAACAUCCAUGAAAAUUCAGAAAAAAUGUCUACGACUACAGAGCCAACAAUGAAUUAUCUGGCACCUGAGGUCUUUACAGAGGGCACCUAUAAUGCAAAAAGUGACAUGUGGUCAGUUGGAUGCAUCCUGUUUGAGCUUUGUACAAAACAGCGAGUGUUUUCUGAUCAGACACCAAUCAAGCUCAUGCCUAAGAUCAUUAGUGCUAUUUACCCACAUCUCCCAAGUGAGUUUUCCUUUGAGCUUUGCGAUCUCUUGGGCGACCUUUUGCAAAAAGAUCCCAGAGGUAGACCCACAGCCAGUGAAGUCCUGGCACGCCCUGUUAUCAUCAGAUGUCUAAGGACAAAGUGUCAAACAACAGUGGAAGAACUUCAGAUCAAGCUGGAGAAGCUGAGAGCUCUGGCUGAUGGUCUUGAGCGUGUUCAUGAGGGGACCACCAUUGGCAGUCUGACAGGAGGUGUGAUUGGAGCAGUGGGAGGAAUUACUUCCAUAGUGGGGCUUAUUCUGGCACCAUUCACUUUUGGAGCCUCACUUAUUGUCACUGGAGUUGGUGUGGGGGUGGGUGCUGUUGGUGGAGUCACUGCUGGUGCCUCAAACAUCACAAAUAUGAUCAACCAGUCUUCUGAUCGUAAAGCUGUCCACCUGAUCAUUAAAGAGCUUGAACAAAAAAUUAGAGCAGUUGUCUCCUGGCUCUUGGAGAUUAGCUAUAGUUUGCAAACAAUCAACAGCAGUUGUGCACGAGCAUGUGAUGCUGAUGGCAGCUUCACAGAUGAAAAUCUAAAAAGGAUUGGCUUUCGGGCAGGAAAAGGCCUUAGUGGGGUUGCUGAGGUAAUCCGACUGGUUAGAGUGUUGAACAUUGGCAAAAUUGCUGCACAGACAUCAAGGGCAGUGCGUGUAGCAGAGGCUGCAACAGGUGUACUGUCUGGUUUAUUUGUGGCAGUGGAUAUCUUCUUCAUUGCAAUGGAUGCUAAAGAGAUUCACCAUAUUAGAAAAGGGAGGGAAGAAGAGAGGAGAGGUACAGCUUCUCUCCAAUCAGAGGAUGAAAAUGAUAACCCUGCAAUGUCCUCAGACAUGACUAUGUUACAUAACAGCUCAUUGAUGCAAGAAUCUGACCUUGCUGAAAACAAUCAGACAGCAAAGCAGUCUGCCUCAAAGAAAGCUGAUAUCAGAUCAGAAGUCAUGAAAUUUGUGAAAUCAGUCAGGGAGGCAGCAGAAAACUUAGAAAAGGUCUUAGGUGAGUUAAGAACUCUCAUCCUAUCCAUCCCUUCAUUUCAGGAAAACAAUUAGCUGGAAUGGCAGAAUAUAGAAUGAAUGUAAACAGAAGCCGUCUCUUAUUCCCUCAUGGCACUGUUGGUAUAUAACACAAUGUUUUAUUGGAAUUUAGGCAAUUUAUGAUUAUCUGUCCUCUGGCCUAGUCUGAGCAUUUGUUGCACUGCUGUGUGGCAACCUAUGAAAUUGGGCAAUUGACCAAUGAGUGCUCAUGCUAUAUAACAUUAUGUUUUAUGUUGUCUGUCUCAUGUUAGCAUGACCAGUGUUCGAUUUUUCAACCAUUUACCUUAAUAUAGUGAAGCUACAUAAUGUUUAGCAUAUGGAGGUAUAAGCUUUAGUCUUCACAUUGUUUACUAACCGCAUCAAGUAAGUUAGACAUGACUUGUUGACUUUUUAAGAUAGUAUCAUUACACUUUAUUUCAGUUCUUUAAAUGCUUAGUUUUCAGAUUUUUUUUUAAGUACUGAAUCUCCAAAGUUACCCUGGUCAAAUAAGAAAUGUACUUUUCACAUUUUAUUUAAAUGCAUAUAAAAAUGGUCAUAGGGACUAUAAUACUGCCUUUGUACAACAUCAAACCUUGAGUUAAACUUUUUAUCCAUGAAUAUCUUGUUGCUUUGAUGUUUCUUUCAGUUAUUUGCUGAGAACCUAGAUGUUGACCUGCUGUGACAAUAAACUAUUUGAAAACAUAA